AUGCCGGUAGUGGUAGUACUCACUAACGGACUCCUGCGCGCACGCGCGACGGUGUCCCGUGCGCCGUUCAAGAUCUCCAAGAUUAUCGUGGUGGGCGACCUGUCGGUGGGGAAGACGUGCCUCAUCAACCGGUUCUGCAAGGACACUUUUGAUAAGAACUACAAGGCGACCAUCGGGGUGGAUUUCGAGAUGGAGCGGUUCGAGGUGCUGGGGGUGCCCUUCAGCCUGCAGCUGUGGGACACGGCCGGCCAGGAGCGCUUCAAGUGCAUCGCCUCCACCUACUACCGGGGAGCACAGGCCAUCGUGAUUGUCUUCGAUGUCAACGACGUGGGGUCCCUGGAGCACACACGGCAGUGGCUGGCUGACGCCCUGAAGGAGAACGACCCAUCCAACGUGAUCCUCUUCCUGGUGGGCUCCAAGAAGGAUCUGAGCACCCCAGCACAGUACAGCCUGAUGGAGAAGGACGCUCUCAAGGUGGCCCAGGAGAUGCAGGCAGAGUACUGGGCUGUCUCCUCGCUCACUGGGGAGAACGUGCGGGAUUUCUUCUUCCGAGUGGCGGCGCUGACCUUCGAGAGCAGCGUGCUGGCCGAGCUGGAGCGCGGCAGCAGCGCCCGCAGGAUCGGCGACACCGUGCGGAUCAGCAGCAAGGAGAGCGACCUGUACCUGUCAGCGCCCCGCAAGAAACCCAAGUGCUGCCAGUGAGGGGCAGCCCCAGCCCCCUCCGUGCUCUGGACCAAAGAGGGGCGACCCCGGCCGGCCCCGAGGAGACGUCCCUGCCACCCCCAGCCCCCCACCGGCCCCUGGCCUGCCUGGGCACCCCUGGCUGGGGUGGGCAGGAGCACCCGUGUGGCUC